CACCCCGCCAACAGCUCCAGCUCAUCUUAUGUAUCAGUAGAGCAGCAUUAAACCCGCCUUCAUCCGUCAGCCUCCAAUCAAAGACAGCUGAAGCUCCGCGCGCACUUUCAUGAAUGAAUGAGAGCAGCUUCAGGACAGCGAUCCUCCCGGGACAGUCGCGUCCACGCGCUCCUGCACGGAUAUUACAACCUCUGUUUUCUUCUAUCCGCGUCAAGCAUGGAAAUACGAGUGUCUCCCUGAGACAAUGAAACUCCGCACAGCACAUUCACUCAAGGAAUGAGAACCGGGAGGCGCGAUGUCUUCGGCACCGCUGCGGGACGCGCGCGCUGUCAUUCGCCAGUGUGGCUUCCAGCUGGUCAAAGUGAAACGAAUAAAGUCCUGAAGAGAAUGGCCGUCCAUAGAGCGUCCUCAAAGGGAUGGCAACUUUUACCAACGCGCCUCUGGACCUGCGGAAACUCUUGCAAAAACUAGCCGUCAUGUUUUCCUUCAGCAUCGUAUGCGUCUCGAUCCUCUACCUUCUGCUGGGACGCUGCGAGUCGGACUCGGCGGACAGUUCACAGAACUCACCGAUGGGAUGGUAUAAUAAUAAGACCGUGCUAAUUGCGCCUGACUCUCUGGGAGAAGAUAGCGUGGAUGCCAACAGCUCAGGGAAAGACUGGACCGCGACCAGGCGACUCCCGCACGCGCUUAUCAUCGGAGUAAAGAAGGGAGGCACGCGCGCGCUCCUGGAGUUCCUGCGGCUUCAUCCGGACAUCCGCGCUCUCGGGUCAGAACCGCAUUUCUUUGACAGGCACUACGCGCGUGGACUCAGCUGGUACAGGAGCAUGAUGCCCAAAGCCCUCAACGGGCAAAUCGUGAUGGAGAAGACACCCAGAUACUUCGUCACCCCAGAGACGCCGAGCCGCAUCCACGCCAUGUCGCGGGACAUCAAGCUGAUAGUGGUGGUGCGAGACCCCAUCACCCGCGCCAUUUCAGACUACACCCAGAUCAUCUCAAAGACCCCCGACAUUCCCAGCUUCGAGAGCCUGACGUUUAAGAACCGAUCGGCAGGACAGAUAGACUCGCUCUGGAGCCCGCUGUACAUCGGCCUGUAUGCCAGGCACCUGGAGCGAUGGCUGGCCUACUUCCCGCUCUCGCAGAUCCAUUUCGUCCAUGGAGAGAGACUGAUCAGCGACCCGGCGGGUGAGUUGGGCCGCGUGCAGGACUUCCUCGGCCUGCAGAGGAUCAUCACGGAUAAACACUUCUACUUCAACAAGACCAAGGGCUUCCCUUGCCUCAAAAAGCCAGAAGGCAGUAGCAAACCCCACUGUCUGGGCAAAACCAAAGGCAGAAAGCAUCCUAAAAUCGACCCAGAGGUCAUUCAGAAACUGAGGGAAUUCUACCAGCCACACAACCUGAAGUUCUACCAAAUGGCAGGCAUGGACUUCGGAUGGCAAUGAACUUUUGUGGACAUCUGUGUGCCUAUUUGGUCAAUGUUGGCAAGAAGUGCAGACGAAUCGUGAUUGAAGUGAAACACGAUAUCUUAGGUUUGUCGAUGGCUCCAUAGCUGUUCAAAUCAAUGCGUCUGCCAGAUACAGUAAACAGAGACCUGAGCACUUCGGGUCAGAAUAGUCUUUCAUACCGUCCGUCGGUGUGGCUCAGUUUGAGAGAACUGAUAGCAAUGACCUUAAAUCAUUGGUUGAAGUAGCACUUUUCUGCUCUUGCCAUUUUGAUGUCUUUUUUAUGUUGCCGAGUCAAACAACAGCUUCAAUCAUGUUUGAUCGAUCAUCCAUAUCAAAAGGAGUUAACUGUGUAGCAUUAGACAUGAUUUGUCAUUGUUGGAGUAUUUACACUGAACAGAUUGUAGCACAUCUGUGUAAAGGCUGGUCUACAAUCACAUUCUGUAUCCAAUGGAUCAGAUAAUUGGUUCAAAUGUAGACGAUAUGCAGAUGAGGCCAGUCCUUUUGAAUUUUCCCUCUGCAUGCAUGAUUUUGCACUAGUCUGAAAUGCAGCCCACUAGAAAUCAAAUAAACUAUUUUGAGUUCCUGUGUAAUUGUUUUUCUGUUUAAUCCCAAAAAUUGGAUACAUUUUAAGAUAUACUAAUGCAAAAAUAAUAUAUUUCUUUACUAUUUUGUCUUUGUGAUUAUUGGUUGAUAUCUCUUGAAUAAAAUGAUUCAUUGUUUCAUGACAAGAAAACACCUUAGCUAAAAUUUAUUUCCAGAAGAGCAAAAGAUACACAACCGAAUAAUUAUGGAUUUUUAAUUUUUUACUAUUUUGAAAGAAGUCUCUUCUGCUCACCAAAGCUGCGUUUAUUUGAUCAAAAAUACAGUAAAAUCAGUGAAAUAUUAUUACAAUGUAAAUCAGCUGUUUUCUAUGUGAAUAUAUAGUAAAGUGUAAUUUAUUCCUGUGAUCAAAGCUGAAUUUUCAGCAUCAUUACUCCAGUCUUCAGUGUCACAUGAUCCUUCAGAAAUCAUUCUAAUAUGAUGAUUUGCUGCUCAAGAAACAUUUAUGAUUAUUAUCAAUGUUAAAAACAGUUGUGCUGCUUCAGAUUUUUGUGGAAACCGUCAUACAUUUUAUUUUUCAGGAUUCUUUGAAGAAUAGAAU